AUGGCAACUAGCAAGGUCGCCGUGGACUUUGCGUUUACGGAGAAGAGCGGGUUGAUCGAGCGACCUUGGUCCAAAAUCACCAAGAAGAAGAAGUCGGCUGAAAAUGCGGAGGCCCUCAAGUCCGCGCUGGCUAAGGAGGUCGCCGCAGCGAGCGACUCAGGCAGAGUCCGGAUCUUGAAUCUGCCUUACGAGACCACGGAGGACGAACUCACCACCUUCAUGAGUGCUAUCGGCAAGGUUGUCGACGUCCGACUUCUCAAGGGCAUGGGCUUUGUGACCUACGCCUUUGCCGCCCAUGCAGGACAAGCCGUGGCUGAGCUCGACGAUAGCUUGUUCCAGGGCCGUCGCCUCUACAUCAAGGCAGCGAACGACACUACAGACGGGGACCCUGUUGAGAAGGUGCUGAGCAAACAGUCGGCCAAGGCCAAGCAGCGCAUCCUCGGUAAAAAACUGGAGAGGAAUCUGGACCAACGAAACUGGAAUCUUCUCUACGUCUCGGCCUCCGUGGCCACGGAUUUGAUGGCUAAACAUCUGGGCAUAGAGGUAGAAGACAUGCUGAACAAUACCAGCGACUCGGUGGCGGCCCGCGUCGCCGUGUCUGAAUCUUUUGUGGUGAGUGAAACUAAACAGUGGUUAUCGUCGCUCGGAAUACCAGAAGAAGUCUUUAUCAGGCAAGGUAACUCUCUCCUUUCUGCCAAGAUAGCUGGAGCCACCAAGGCCCCUUCCACCCGGACUCUGUUUCUGAAGCAUUUGGGGCCCUGGGUGGAUGAGGAAGACCUCAAGGCAUUGCUGAGCAAAUCCGGGUCCAUUCGGCACUUCUCGAUUUCACCCACCAAGACCGUCGCCGUGGUUGCCUACUGUGCUGCUAGCCACGCGAAAAAGGCUCUGAAAGAGUUAACACUUGCUAACUAUAAAUCUCACCCUCUGUAUCUCGAGUAUGCUCCGGCUGUGGUGGACGAUCACUUGGCCAAGAGCGAAGAGGAGAGGGUGGCUGCCCUAGAGGCGACGGAUGCCGUAGAGGCGACGGAUGCUGUAGAGGCGACGGAUGCUGUAGAGGGAACGGAUGAAGGGGAUAAAAUUGUUCAGUCAAGGAGUUCCAUUUAUAUUACGAAUUUGCCGUUUGAGGCGACAGAACAGGAAAUCAGCAAGGCGUUCGAAACGUGUGUUGGAUUCAAGGGUUGUCGAUUGCUGCGGUCGCGAAAGCGUGUGCGAGAUUUGGUAACGGGUGCGUCGAAGGAUGUGGAGACCUCGCUCGGGUCUGGCUUUGUGCACUUCGAUUCGCGCGCACACGCCGAAGAAGCCAUGAAGAAGAACUUGAACCUCACGUUACACCAACGCAGGAUAGUUAUGGAGAUGGCGAAGGCCAAGCAGGAAGCAGCUUCGAAAAAGCGAGUGAUAGAGGACACAGAAUUGGAGAUCACGCGGCGACUUAUUGUUAAAAAUCUGGACUUCACUACCACAGUCAAAGAUCUUCGGCAGCUGUUUUCGGCUUACGGCGCAGUCACCUCUUGCCGCCUUCCGAAGCGCAAUGAUGGACGCAUUCGAGGCUUCGGUUUUGUUGAGUUCGCCACCAUCAGCGACGCCAAGACCGCCAUGGAGGCACUUACUGAUGUCCAUUUGCUCGGCAGACGCUUGGUUAUACAACCCACCUCGGUUGCAGAAAACUGA